CACAAAUAAUCAACAAAAAUUAAUUUUGUGACUGACUUAUUUUCGUAUAUUCUCCCUUAAUUAUUUUUUAUAAUACGAAUUUAAAUUAUGACUACGCUUGAAGAAACUCAAACAUCUGCCAUAAAUGACCAGCGGCGUAGUAGGCGUUCCUCUUACGCAAGAAAAAGUCAAAAAUCUCUAGAGGAAUUAGCAGCUGAAAGAAAACUCAGAGAGAAAGAGGAAAAACGAGAAAAUCUUAAAGAAAUUCUAAAAAAUAUUUAUAAAAAAGAAUUACAACAUCCAGAUGAAAGAGAUGUUAGUCUACAGCCAAGUUUUAGUAAAUUUCAGUUACCCUAUAUUAUUAAAUGCCGCAAUCGUUAUAAUGCCAGCAAAAAACUAUACGAACAACGUUUCCAAUAUGAAAUUGAACAAUUAAUUGCCCAACAGGCUACCGGCUAUGAAGCAGCACGUUUAAAUAGACAUUUAUGCAUCACUACAAUUUGGCCGCCUCUACAUAGUCGCAGUGAAAUUGCCCAUACACAACGUUAUUUUUUCAGUUUAACGCGUAAAGAACGUCAACGUUUAAAUUGGAUUAUGAGCACCAAAAUUAUAUAAUACAAACAUAUAUGUACAGUCAUAUACAUACAGAUAAAAACUAACAUUUAUUUUAUAAUAUUUACCAUAUAUCAGGUGGUUUCUGUUUGUUCGUAUGUAUGUAGGUGUACAUCAACAUUUUUACUGGAUGAUAAUACAAUAAAUUGAUUUAAAUGAAAA